UUACUUUCGUCUUUGUCUGCGUCGUUAUUAAACCGAUAUUUUAUACGAGACGUAAGGUGUAAUUAUUAUUUACUGUCCAAAACAGUAUCUUUACUAUCAAUACAAAGGUUUCCACAGUCAUAUAAGUACUGUGGUUAGAAAAAAAUUUAGUGUUAAGUGAAAAUAUAAAAAAAAAUGAGUACAGUUAAUGGCAACGGUGAUAGAGUUACUGGAUUAGAUGACUUUGAAGAAAUUUCAAUUCCAGUUCCUUGGGGACAUAUAGCAGGUAAAUGGUGGGGCUCACAAGACGUCCAACCGAUAAUAGCCAUCCACGGUUGGCAAGACAAUGCAGGCACUUUCGACAAAUUAGCACCGCUUUUGAAAAACAAGGGCCACUCUUUGCUUUGCAUAGAUUUGCCUGGACAUGGAUUUUCUUCGCACCUACCACCAGGUCACAAAUAUUAUAUUUGGUGGGACGGUGUACACUAUUUACGCCGAAUAGUGAAAUAUUACAAAUGGACAAACAUUACGAUAUUGGGACACUCGCUAGGCGGUGGCAUUGCGUUUUUGUACGCGGCCAUUUACCCCAAAGAAGUAGAAAAAUAUAUCGGCUUAGAUUUGGCCAGUCCUUCGGUGAGAAAUUUGAAAAAGACCUGUGAUGCAUUAGGCUUCGCCAUAGAUAAAUUUUUAAGUUACGAAAGAAUUACGCCUGAUAAAAUUCCUUGUUACCCAUACAAUGAAAUGUUAGAGAUAUUGAUCGAUGGCCAAAAUGGUUCUGUGAAUCGGGAAGGCUGCAAGAUUUUACUUAAAAGAGGCAUGAGGCUGGCUGAAAAUAGAGACGGUUACCUAUUCACAAGAGAUCCUCGACUGAAAAUGGCUGCUUUAGGGUUUUUGUCCAUUGAGCAAGUGCUGGAACUUGCUUCAAGAAUAACUUGUGAGGUGAUGAAUAUUAAAGCCACUCCAGGCUUGAAACUGGAUCAUCCAGAACACUAUGACAUGGUCCUGGAUCAGAUUGAGAAACAAGCCAAAAAAGUUGUGAGGCAUAAAAUCGAAGGCACCCAUCACUUGCAUUUAAACGAGCCUACUUUAGUUGAUAAUAUUAUACACGAGUUUUUAAUUUCAUAAAGUGUAUGCUUGAACCAAGGAUAAAGUUAUUUAUUUUAAAAAGGUGCUUUGUUAUUUUUAAUUAGUUUUGUAAUUAAACAGUAUUCUAUUUUUUUUAAAAAAUGCAGAUGUAAUUUGUUAAAUAUUGUGUGCAUAUGGAAAUUUCACUAAGAUAAUUGU